AUGUCAAUUUAUCAGAGAACAACAAAUUUAUUUAGACAAUUUGCUGGUUAUGUUUAUACAAUUUAUGGAGUAGAUCCUUUAACUAAAAUAUUUAAAAAACAUUAUGGGGCAACAUUUCCUGAUUUAAGAACUAUUGUUGCAGAAAGUCCUUUUGUUUUUGUUAAUGUUGAUGAAUUUUUGGAUUUUCCCCGUCCGAUAUUUUCGAAUAUUGUUUAUAUUGGUGGACUUGGAAUGGAGGAAGGAAAAAAUACAAAAAUUAAUAAAAUUGAGGACCCAAUAAAUAUUGAAAUGUCUAAAGGUAAAAAGGGUGUUAUAUUCUUUUCAACGGGAUCAGUAGUGAAAACAACAGAUAUGGAUGAAAAUUUUAAAAGGAAUGUAUUAUUAACUUUUUCUCAAUUGACUGAUUAUCAUUUUAUUGUGAAAAUUGAGAAAGACGACAAUUUUUCCUUAAAUUUUGCCAAACAAUUCAAAAAUAUUUUUGUCACAUCAUGGGCUCCACAAACUUUUAUUUUAAAACAUCCUCGAUUAAAAUUAUUUAUUACUCAUGGUGGUUACAAUAGUUUAAUGGAAUCAGCACGUGCUGGAAUACCUUUAAUUUCUAUGGGGUUUUUUGCUGAUCAGUAUAGAAAUGGACGUGUGGCAGAAAGGAAUGGUUGGGGACUUCCAUUUGAUAAAAGAUUGUUACUUAAUGGAAAUAAAGAAUUUAAAAAGGCUGUUUUGAAAGUUAUUGAGAAUCCAAGGUGGAUUUUUUACAUCCAUUAUAAACCUCAUUUUAAGUCCAUCUUUAGGGCUGACGGAUGA